GAAGGUUUUGUUGUAGUGGAUGUUACCAUGAUUCUCCCUGUGCCUGUACUCCUUCUGAUGUGCUUCUUUGUCACUGCAGAUGAACAAAAGAAACUGUCAACAAAUCAGAACGCACUGGACAAUAAUGCCACCUCAGCAAUUCCAAAAUCACAGCUCAAAGAUGAUCAAAGACUGUCACGGGAAUGUUUAAAUAAAACGUACACCCACAAAUCCUGUCAUAAAGUCUUCUGCCAACCCUGGGAAAAAUGUGCUCGUGGUCGCUGCACAUGCAAGCUGCCUUAUCAGUGUCCAAAGAAUGGGAAAAAUGUCUGCUCGACCAAAGAUAAGCGUUAUAGGUCAUACUGCCAGCUGAAAAGUUAUGAAUGUCUGAAAGGAUUGGAAAGGUUCUCUCACUCCGGAGUGUGUUCAUUAGGACAUGCUGAAGUCCACUUGGAUGCUUCAAAUUCUUCAGGAGUUGUUUUAUUCACAUUCAAUCGUACAUUAGCAGGAUUACCUGUCUGCCUAAAGGAGAAGAAUUGGACAAUGCAUGAGGCAAAUGUAGUCUGCAAACAACUCAACUUUAGACUGGGAGCAAAGAAUCUCUUAAAAAAUAAAGAAGUUUGGCACAAAUGGAAGGACAGCACAAUGGUCAUCUGGUCUGAUAGGACACGCUGCAGAGGCUUUGAGACAAGCUUAUCAGAAUGUUUCCAACUGAAGGACAUUGGAAGACCACAGGAUGGCUGUGAGGGAAUGCAUAUUGCCACAGUUGAAUGUUACAAUCAUCCUCCAGAUAAGAAUUGCAGUAAUAAUGAAUUUAAAUGUGUAAAUGGCAAAUGUAUCCCACUGAUGGAAGUUUGCAAUGGCAUUGAUGACUGUGCUGACUUAAGUGAUGAGCUGUGCUGUACAGAUUGCCACAAUUCUUACUCCUGCAAGUCCGGCGUAUGUAUUCCAUAUUUUUCAUUAUGUGAUGGUGAAGUUGAUUGCUUGGAUGGAAGUGAUGAAAGUAACUGUAUUGAAGUGAAUACAACUAAAGACUAUGAAACAGAAAGAAGCCAACUCAAGUCAUCAAUUUCUAAAAUAUCUUGUGGGAUUACAAAUGUUACUCUAAGCACGGCAAACAGGAGAACUAAGAGGCUUAUAGGAGGUACAGAGGCUUCACAGGGUCAAUUCCCUUGGCAAAUAGCUGUUUAUGAUGGUGAUUUUCUGAACUGUGGGGGAGUCUUCAUUGGUGGUUGUUGGAUUCUAACAGCUGCACAUUGUUUAAGAUCCCACCAGAUAACGAACUAUGUAGUGAGGAUUGGAAAGUAUAAUAAAAGAAAUAUUUCGAAGAGUGAAGAGAUUUUACCAAUCGAGAAGAUCAUUGUUCACUAUAAAUACAAUUCCAAAACAUAUGAGAAUGACAUUGCCUUAUUAAAAAUAGAACAUGUUUAUAAAAACGAAGAAUGCAUUCCACUGAGUGAAGAUGUUCUACCAGUCUGUGUUCCCUGGACUGAGUACUUAUUUCGACCUAACAAAACUUGUAUCAUUUCAGGCUGGGGUCAAGCAAAAGGAAACACCAGAGUAAGCAUUCUACGUUGGGCUGAGGUUGACAUAAUUGAAAACUGUUUGGCAAUUUACAAAUCUGCAUUUUUUGAAGGAAUGGAAUGUGCAGGAAAACUUGAUGGAACUGCUGAUUCCUGCCAAGGAGAUUCUGGAGGACCUUUAGUCUGUACUGAUGAAAGAAACGAAGCAUAUGUGUGGGGAGUAGUGAGCUGGGGUGAAAAAUGUGGUCAAGCCGGACAUCCCGGUGUUUACACAAAAGUAUCUCAUUAUUUCGAUUGGAUAAGUGAUCAUGUUGGUAGAAAUGUUAUUUCUAAAUAUAAUGUCUGAUUGUUAAGUGUCAAUUCAGUUCUGGCAGCACACAUAUCUUGCUUCUAGUUCAAACUUUGCAACUCAUGUUUUUAUCAGAAAGAUAAUAAAAAUCAUAAUUAAAUACCAUUCCAAAAACAAUUGCAGACAUAAUUAAUACAUUGUUAUUAGGAAGGAACUAUAAAAAACAUUGACAAACAAGGAGUGUUUUGCCCAAUAACCUUAAGUACUGCAAAAAGAGACAUGGCAUUAUUGCAGCCUUGAACUACCUUGUGUAAAAUGCCAGUCUUUUCCAAGUCACAAUAUUGAGACUAUUCAGAUUGCUUCCAUUUGAAACUAAAAGAUGAAUCAAGAAAAAACAAUUGCCUAGUAAGAACGAACUCUUUCUUCCAUCUGCAUUCCGUUUUAUUUUGCUGAAAAAUGAGGGUCUUGAAAUUUUGGAAGGCCUUAUUAGGUAAAGUUUAUGCCAAACAAGAUUUUCAAUACAAAAGCAGAAAAUACUGGAAGCAUUCAGCAGGUCAAACAACAGCCGUGGGGAGAGUAACGGAGUCAAUGAUUCCAGUCAAGGUCCUUUUUCUGUCAUCUGUAAAUCAGUGCAAGCUGUUUUACCUUCAUUUGAUUACAUUAAAUGUCUUUAUCUCCACAAACCUAUAACUAGUGUAUAAAAUUGUUUAACUAAUCACAUCUAAUGUGAGGAGGACAGUGCACCAACAGACAACACAUUGUGGCAGAAUGAAAAGUGAUUUCAUUGAAACCCAUC